AUGACCAGUACCCAGUAUCCAUUGUCCAAUCCAGCAUCCAGUGUCAUGCCCAGCACCCAGUACAUACCCAGAACCCAGUAUCCAGUGUCCCACCCAGUACCAAGUGUCAUGCCCAACGCCCAUUACCCAGUGGCAUGCCCAGUACCCAGUGUCAUCAGUACCCAGUAUCCAGUGUCCCACCCAGUACCAGGUCAUACCCAGUACCCAGUAUCAUACCCAGAACCCAGUACCCAGUGCCAUGCCCCUAAACCCAGUGUCAUACCCAGUACCCGGUGUCAUACCCAGUACCCAGUAUCAUACUGCAGUAUCCAGUUUUCUACCCAUUACCCAGUGACAUGCCCAGUACCCAGUACCCAUUGUCAUGCCCAGUACCCAGUGUCAUACCCAGUACUCAGAUUCGUGCCCAGUACCGAGUAUUAUACCCAGUAUCCAGUGUCCUACCCAGCGAAGUGUCAUACCAAGUUCCCAGUAUCAUACCCAGUACCUAGUACCCAGUGUCAUACAUUACCCAGUAUCAUACCCAGUACCAGUGUCAUAGAUAGUACCCAUUGUCAUACCCAUACUCCACACCCAGUGUCAUACCCAGUACCCAGUGUCAUACCCAGUAAUUCAGUGUCAUACACUUACCCAGUGUCAUACACAGUACCCAGUGUCACACACAGUACCCAGUGCAUACCCAGUACCCAGUGUCAUAACCAGAACCAGUAUCAUACCCAGUACAAAGUGUCAUGCCCAGUAACCAAUAUCAAACCCAGACCCAGUGUCAUGCCCAGUACCCAUUGUCAUACCCGUACCCAGUGUCAGCCCAGCACCCAGUGUCAUACCCAGUAUCCAGUAUCAAACCCAGCACCCAGUAUCCAGUCAUACCCAAUACCCAGGUUUAUUCCCAGUACCCAGUGGCAUACCCAGUACUCAGUGUCAUGCCCAGUACCUAGUAUCCAUUGUCCUACCCAGUAUCCAGUGUCAUGCCCAGCACCCAGUAUUAUACCCAGAACCCAGCAUCCAGUGUCCUACCCAAUACCCAGUGUCAUGCCCAACGCCCAAUACCCAGUGGCAUGCCCAGUACCCAAGUGUCAUGACCAGUACCCAGUAUCCAGUGUCCUACCCAGUACCCAGUGUCAUACCCAGUACCAGAAUCAUAUCCAGAACCCAGUACCCAGUGCUAUGCCCAAUACCCAGUGUCAUACCCAGUACCCAGUGUCAUAUCCAGUACCCAGUGCCAUGCCCACACCAGGCAUGCCCAGUACCCAGUGUCAUGACCAGUACCCAGUAUCCAGUGUCCUACCCAGUACCCAGUGUCAUACCCAGUACCCAGUAUCAUACCCAGAACCCAGUACCCAGUGCUGCCUUGCCCACACUGCAUUGUCAACAGCAAUACGUAACUGGAACGAA